UUUCUAUUUUUCACCUGUUGAUCGCAGGGAGGCCCGGGGGUUGUACGAGGAGGGGAAUGACCAGUCACGGCCGUCCAUGCACACGCAGCCAUCCAACAAAGACCAGAUGCUGGCCAUGCCUCAGUUCGGCCUGCGGGACAACCUCAUCCGCUGUGAACUGCUCAAGAAUGAGGACGUCUACACCUACCUGGAGAACUUCAGCUUCUUUUUGGGAACUUAUAAUGUGAACGGCCAGACCCCUAAAGAGAGUUUGCGACUAUGGCUGGCUUCAACUGAAGACCCCCCAGAUUUCUACUGUGUUGGUUUCCAGGAACUUGACCUCAGCAAAGAGGCGUUUAUCUUCAACGACACACCGAAGGAGUCUGAAUGGAUGAAGGCUGUGUUUGAUGGACUUCAUCCAGGUGCCAAGUACGCCUUUGUGAAGCAUGUGCGGCUGGUGGGUAUCAUGCUGCUGUGCUUUGUGAAGAGGGAGCAUGCUGAGCACAUCUCCGAGGUGGAGAUCGAGACUGUGGGCACGGGCAUCAUGGGAAGGAUGGGCAACAAAGGUGGCGUGGGCAUUCGUUUCCGCUUCCACAACUCGGACGUCUGCGUGGUGAACUCGCAUCUGGCUGCCCACAUAGAGGAGUACGAGCGGCGCAACCAGGACUACAGGGAGAUCUGCUCAAGGAUGCAGUUCCGUCAGCAAGACCCUGACCUGCCCCCACUGACCAUCAUGAAGCACAAUAUUGUCCUUUGGCUGGGAGAUCUAAACUACAGGCUAAGUAACCUUGAUAUGGACCAGGUGAAGGAUUUGAUAUCUAAAAAGGAUUUUAAAGCUUUGCAAGAAUAUGACCAGCUGAAGAAGCAGAUUGAUGAAGCGGCAGUGUUUGUGGGUUUCACCGAGGGGAGCAUUGAUUUCCAGCCCACAUACAAAUAUGACACUGGCUCCAGUCAGUGGGACACAAGCGAGAAGUGCAGGGUGCCGGCCUGGUGUGACCGGAUCCUGUGGAGGGGGAAGAACAUCCGCCAGCUGCACUACAAGAGCCACAUGGCCCUGAAGACCAGCGACCACAAGCCGGUCAGCUCGCUGCUGGAGAUAGGGAUCAAGGUGGUGAACGAAGAAUCUUAUAAACGGACAUUUGAGGACAUUGUGAGGAUGCUGGACAAGAUGGAGAAUGAGUGUAUUCCCUCUGUGUCCUUGUCUCAAAGAGAGUUCCAAUUCAAAGAUGUGAAGUUCGCGCAGCACCGCUCUGAGACGCUGACCAUUCACAAUGACGGACAGGUGCCAUGCCAGUUUGAAUUCAUUCAGAAACUUGAUGAGCCAGCCUACUGCAAGCCCUGGCUCACAGCCAACCCACACAAGGGAUUCCUGGCACAGGGGGCCAGCGUGGACAUCGACCUGGAGGUGUUUGUGAACCGCUUCACUGCGCCGGAGCUGAACUCGGGCCGGCAGCAGAUUGAGGACAUUCUGGUGCUGCACCUGGAACGGGGCAAGGACUACUUCAUCUCGGUGAUGGGGAACUACCUGCCCAGCUGCUUUGGCACCUCCAUCCAGGCACUGUGCCACUUGCGGGAGCCCAUCCAGGACAUGCCACUCGACACCAUCCAGAGACUAACCUCUGUGCCAACUGGCAAGGAGAUUGAUUGCCCAGUCGUGGAUGUGCCUUUGGACCGACCCAAGGAGAUCUGCUUGCUUGUGGACCACCUCUACCGCAAUGCCAGUAAACAGGAGGACCUGUUUCAGCAGCCGGGACUCCGCAGUGAGUUUGAAGAAAUCAGAGAUUGCUUGGACACAGGGGAGCCAGACUCACUCCCUGGAAGUAACCACUCUGUAGCGGAAGCAUUGCUCCUCUUCCUGGACGCUCUUCCUGAACCUGUGGUCCCUUACCAUCUCUACAAGCAGUGCCUAGAAUGCUGCUCAGACUAUGGUCAAUGCAAACAGGUGAUUUCCAUGCUACCUCUGUGCCAUAAAAAUGUUUUUAAUUCUCUAACGGAGUUCCUGCGUGAGCUGUUGAAGUACUCCAGUCACAACCACUUGGAUGUCAGCAUCUUAGUCACCAUCUUUGCUGCCUUGAUUCUGCGGUCCCCUACGAAGCAAGAUCUUUCUCAGAAGAGGAAAACCCAGGAGUUUUACCAGCAUUUUUUGACUCAAGAUCUGGCUUCAUCUUGAGUGUCCAUAGUUUACUUUUGCGCUCAAUGAAAUGUAACAUGUUAUCAUACAUGUUAUACACAUGUCCUUUGAAUAGACUUGCUUUGAUCGUCAAUGAUUUAAAUGUGAUGUUUAAUGCAGGAUGACAUGUUUUGCUGUGGAAACAGCAUUUAUUUUAUUACUAUAGAGAAACCGCCCUAAUAUGUAUAUUUACCAGCUAUUUAAUGAUCAGAUUUAUUUGUAUUUUGAUGUCUGUAAAUACAAAACUGCUCUUUUAUAUUCGUAUAUAUAAAUAUAAUUGUGCUUAAAGCUGUCAUGUUGAUAGUUAUUUUUCAAAUGUCAAUCACUAAAAAUAUAUUUUAAGUGAACCGUGUUGUGUUUUUGUGCUGUGUACAUUCAUACGACAAGUCAAACAUUUUCAUGUAACUUUGUUUUAUACAGUACACAGGAAUUAUUUUUUAAAGAAGAUAUCAAGUACAUGGCUUCUGCGGCAAUGUUUGGAAACACCUGUGUUAGGGAGCAUGUAGAAAGGAAUGAGAUGAUUGGAAAAUCCAUUCCUUAAAAAUGAAUAAGGAUUGUAAUAAUGAUAAUAAUAAUAAUUAAAAAAAGAAUUGUCAGCUUGA